AUGGCACAACAUCUCACACCUCCAGAAUUACCUCCAUUUCUCCGUCAGGUCUACGACUACGGCCACUCUACUUGUCUCUAUGACGAGACGCAGCAGGACGAUGCGCCGACCCUGUCCUCAAGUAGCUCUGCUCGGACAUACGUGACGCUGACAUUUGCUCAGUCUCUUGACGCGAAGAUUGCUGGACCUGACGGAAAGCAACUAGCGCUGAGUGGGAGGGAGAGCAUGAUUAUGACACAUUGGAUGAGAACUCUGCAUGACGGCAUCCUCAUCGGCAUCGGGACCGCUUUGAACGAUGACCCGCAGCUUAAUACCCGCCACCUUCCGCCGCUUCCUGCCGGCCUAUACAGCCCGCAGGCUCGUUAUAACGUACCAAGGCCAAUCAUUCUCGAUGCACAUUUGCGGCUAUCUCAUGAAUGCAAGCUCAUCAAGAAUUAUCGAGCAGGAGAUGGUAGGAGGCCGUGGGUCGUCUGCAUGGGUGGGGCACAGGCUGCUCAGAGCGGUUGUGUGGCGAGGAGGAAGACAUUGGAGAGUGCUGGGGUGCUCGUGAUCCAGACUAUCGGGAAAGAUGGUGCAUUGACAUUUUUUGCAGGACUCGUAUCAAUAACCGAUCUGCUCACACGUUUAUACGAGAUGGGCAUUCAUUCUUUGAUGGUCGAAGGCGGGGCACGCGUAAUCAAGUCAUUCCUCGCAGACGCAGGCAAGCGGAGCGCGAACGGGAGCAAAACCAGUGUAGUUGACACCGUCGUCAUCACAGUCGCGCCGACGUUGGUCGGGAAGGAUGGAAUAGGGUACGGAUCCGAUCUUGCCGCUUCGGAGUUGCCUGCACUGGAGCAUGUCGAGACGCAGCUUUUCGGGCGAGAUGCAGUGAUUGCGCUGAGAGCAAUUGACUGA